CUUAACUCCCAGGAAACUACUACUACGUCAUCAAGAAUAUGUUCCAAAAAUUAAUUGAUUCCCCUAUAAAUUCAGCCAUAGGAACUCCAAUUCCAUCCACAAACACACACAUCAACAUAACAUAUUUCAGAGUAAUAUUUUAAUUAAAAGGAGAUGGGAGUUGUGAUAAUCGACGGUUCAACGAUACGUGACUUUGUGAGCAACGAAGCCGAAUUCAACAAGAGCGCCGACGAGAAGUUCGCCGCCUUCGACCUAGAUCACGACGGCGUUUUGUCGAGGUGGGAGCUGCGCAAGGCCUUGGAGUCUUUCCGGCUGCUCGAAACCCACUUUGGAGUGGACGUCGCAACCCCGCCUGAGGAGGUGGCGGAGCUUUACGACUCGAUAUUCGAGAAGUUUGACGGGGAUCACAACGGGGAAGUCGACCUUGAGGAGUUCAGAGAGGAGAUGAAGAUGAUAGCGUUAGCCAUAGCUGAUGGUAUCGGGUCCAGCCCGAUCCAAAUGGCUCUUGAAGAUGAUGAUUGCAGCUUCCUUAAGCUCGCUGUUGAUCUUGAAGCUUCCAAGGUUUCCGCUGCCUAAUCUAUUAUUGGCCAAGAAUCUUUAAUUUUUUUAUUUUUAUUUUUUUGAACAAUUUUGGAGUUAUCGUUUCGUUUGAUGUUCGAUUGGAAGUAGUCAAAUUUCACAAAAUGCGACUAAUUUUGUAGCUACCUAUACCAUUGCUAAACAAAUGAUUUGUAGUUUUCCUGACGACAUAUGUCAUUCUUUGUCUUCGCAUAAUGCGAAAUUCAGAUUCAGUAUUUUUGAGCCAAACAGAUAGAGAUAAUAAUCUUAUUUUCUGUAUGAAGAACACGGGUAUACGUUGUAUAGAGACAGCUGAUGGAGUUAGUUUGUCGUACAUGCAUUCAAGGUUUCAUCACAAUAAUACAAACACUUUGGUUAAAACAGUUUUGGGAGAGUUUUGCUUCUCAACUCAAAUCCGGAUAAACCGAGCGGUGGAUUCAGAUGCCGGGAGCCUAACAUACCAAAUCAAGAAGAGGAAAAAGUCAGGAACAAAUUCUCUUUAAUUACUAUUCGUAAUAAAUUUUCCUUCCCUGGUCUUGUUGCUGCCUUUAAUGGAACUCAUGCAACUUGUGGAGAGUUUAAAAUUUUGUCAAAAUGACAGCGG